GAAGCGGAAGGGGGAAGGCACAUUUCAACACAUAGUUUGCGUAGGAUGGUGUGUUUUCGUCUCAAGAAAUCUUACAUUAAGAAAAUUAAAUCACUCAAGAUAGAUAUUAUUUUUUUAUGACCUGUCACGAUGUUUCUGAAAAAUCAGGCCUUAUGUCACUUAUAAAAUUUCUACAACGAUCUGAAAUAAACUACCACAAACAUGCCACUUUCACCAUGUUCGGAGACAAACUCACACUGUUAUGGAGUGCUAUACAUUUUCUGCUGUUUUCAAGAGGAUGUUUAUUCUUGGUUGAAGCCUGCCAUCCCGAAUCUAGAGAGUUGCACAUAUGUUUCAACAUUUAUCUAGAGAGAGACCUACCUCUGGUGGAAACGAUUGUAGAAGGUCAACAGAAAGCUAUCCGUUAUGGCAAUGGAAGAGUUCUCUUGGAAGAUACUGACAUACAAACGAUUUGCAGGCAUGCAGCCGAACUUCAGAAUUGUUUCAAGACACUUUUACCAGAAUGUUCUACUUACUGGCAGAUGAAUCGGUAUAUGAGAAUGAUGAAUUUAUUUCAGAAUGUUUACUCGUACCUUUGUGAGAGUACUACAAACAAUGUAAGAGAUCUUCUUCUGAAUACGAAAUGUUUGACGAUGGCCGAAAGUUUCAUCGCUAAUUGUUCAAUUCACGGCUUCAGUUGGUCAUUCACUUGGAAAGAAGUUCUUCGCAUGCGAGUAUCCCCAGCAGACAGGUGCCAAGUGAUUGACCACUACAGGACAUGUCUUAUAGGUAGACUUCAAAAUGUCCUGUGUGGAGAGGAAGCAGCUCGUGUUUACGGAUCUCUUUUAGAUGUGUGGCUGCUACAUUGGUGUAAUAAAGGCGUCGGGCCGGAAAAGGGACUGGAAUACUUCUACUUACCAGUUAUCGCUGCUAACCAAAAGUAAUCAUGUUUCAAGUUGUCAUUGUACUGGAAAGUGAAACACGAUUACAGCUAAAGAGACAUUUUUGAAAAGAAAAAUGUGAUUUUCCUGAAAAUGAUCUUGUUUCAAUUUUAUUUUGAUAUGCAGCAUUUAUUUGUUUUGUCAAGUUUGUCACUUUUUCUAAUCUCAGUAGAUGAAACUACUAAAAUCUUUGUAAAUAGAAUAGUUGCCUCAAGGUUUCCUCAAUCUCCACCUUUCCGUGAUCAUACUAUCCUCAAAUCUUACUUUUCCCCACACGAGAGCACAUCCCCACUUUUUACAGCAACUCUACAGCAUGGGGAAAAAAAACAAGAUUUUCUACAACCAUGGUAACAGAGGAAAAAGCGUGAAGAGUUGGAAAAUCGCAGAACAUUAAGAUGCCAAUUCUAUUUAUUAAAAGUAUAAGUAGCAAUAUUUGUGUUCUCGAGGUGGAAGAAAAGCAUAAAAAUACCUUAAUUACAUGACCAUUUUAGUGAAAUAACUGUCUUCAUUCAUUACUAAUAAUUAUGUGUUCAUGAAUAAGCAAAGAACUUUUUCCAUUUGUAAAAAUAAUUGGUGUGAAAUAUGAGUGAGCCUUAAAAAUUUUACGGCUAUUUAAGUAGAGUAUUUUACAACGUUCAUUUCUAAUAAUUAUGUGUUCAUGAAUAAACAAAGAAAUUUCUUCAUCUGUUAAAAUUUGAGUGAAUCUUUAAAAUUCUACGGUUAUUGACGAGAAAUAAAUUUAGUGUUUGUUACUACCGAUUUCGAAAUUAAAUUCGAUUUGUGUCGUGUGACACGUAUCGAUUAAUAAAAUUUCGUUCGUAAAAAAAUUGAUAAAUAAAUGGUUAUCUGUCGAUUAGUAAAAGAACUGGUUUAUAUUUAUUGAAAUAGUACGUGAGAAAUAUGGAAAUGUGCUUAGAGGCUUUACAUUACUAUUCUCAAAAAGAAUUCAAUAAUGAUUAAAUAAGUUUUAUAUAAGAUGAAAUUUUUCUCGUUAAUAUUGCUCCCUGUAAAUAAUAAUGUAAAUCAAGCCAGUUUUUCGUAAUUAGCUGUUUGGGUUAACUCAUGGGAUGCCCUUAGAGGGCUGUUCUAAAAUGUUUUGGGUCAUUCUGCAUUAUCGUUCUUAAAUUUUAGUGACAUUUUUAUAUAUUUCUAAUAAAAAAAUAAGAAAGACUUAUUUUUAAUAUCUCCACAAUAAUUUCACAAUAUUUAGUAUUAGAAUAUAAAAUGUUAAAAAGUGGAAAAAAAUAUAAACUUGAGAUUUACCGAAAUUGAAAUGAUGGAGAUUAUAUUUAAAACUCGGAUAUUUUUCUAUUUUUUAGAUAAAUUUUACAGCAGUGUAAAACCCUUAACGAUAAGCAAUUUCUUUUAAUUCCGUUGCUAAAAUUACAUUUCGAUGUUUUUCUUUUUCAAUUAUAAACGAAAUUAUUAACGCGAAGGCAUAAGCUCAGUCAUUCAACAAGCUUUUUUCUUCUUUUCAAAUGCAGGUGUUAUUAAACGAGUAAGCACAUCUCAUUAAAUGUUUUCACGCUGUUGUUUAUUUUCAGCGAAAGAAACAAUCAACUGAAAACAUACAUCCAUAAAUAAUUAGCCUUAUUUUAACAUCUGCUCAACAAGUUUAACAGCGACUAAAAAAAGAAAUGGCAGAAAAGAAAAAAAGGAACGCAAUCCAUCUUUCUCUUCCUCGUUUAAGCCUUUUCAACAGAUGUCCCAUUACCUCCGAGAUAGGUUCAGCAACUAAGGUUAUCGCCGAUUUGAAUAAAACAAAUACAUCUUAACAGCCAACGGUGUGGAGAAUUGCACCUAGAGGCCGGCCAAAUCGUUUACCCAUAGUUUGUACAGGAUAUUAGAGUCAUAAACCAUUGUAAUUGGUUGGCAGUCGGCGGUCAGGCUCUAUUACGUCAACGGCCCAAUCUCUUUUGCCCCGACAUGAUCUUCUCUCAUUAUUUAUAGUAUGCGUGAAAGUGUACUCAGACGAGGGGGGAGGGCAAAUGAGUGGGCGGGGAACAAGAAAUACCAAGUUUGUUUUAGUGCAACAUAUGCUUUUCAUCGAUUGUGUUGCCAUUUGAAUUUACUUUAGUCGAUGUUCUAGAAUUUUUUUUUUAAGUUUAAGCUUAGAUUCGAUUAAGAAAUUUUUUUCAGAGUUAUUAUUGAAAUAACCUAAUUAAAAUGAAAAAUACUCAUGCUGCCCUGUAAGUAAGUUUUAUAAAAAAUCCCUAAAUUGCAUGACUGGGCGGCCAUUAUAACUAAAACUCGAAAAUGCUCAACAUGUUCUAAAUAUUGCUCAAGUAGAGAGAUGAAUUUUUGACUUCCGUGUAACACACUACUUUCUAUAUCCCAGAACUCAGAAAACUAGGAAACAAUGUAACGCAUUAUUAAAAUUUGAUUGUUUCUUUCACUGAAAAUAAACAGUGUGCAAACAUUUAAUGAGAUGUGCUUACUCAUUAAAUAACACCUGCAUUUGAAGGAGAAAAAAAACACGUUAAAUGAUUCAACUUACGGUUUUUUCAGAAACUUAAUAACUUUCAUGAUUUUUAGGGCACUUUUUCAAAAAAAAAAUGUAUUAGUAUUCGAAGGUUCAUUAAAAUUAAAUUUAGCGAAAGAGUUAUUUUGAAAGUGAGAACUAUCUUUGGAGAAACAAGUUUUAUUAUUUUGUGCAAACAUUUAGCACUAUCUCGAGAUACAGCUAAAUACACAAAAAAGUGAAAUUAACAUUAAGGAGUCUAAACUUUUGAAUAAGUAUUAUCGAUUUAACUUUGAUUUCAUUGGAUUUAACGUAAGAGAAGCUCAUAAGAAAUAAUGCCUCACAUGUCUAGAUAGCAAUAUCUGACCGGUGGUCUGAUGUAAGUCAAAAAUUGUACUUUGCAAAUAAGAAACCUUUAUUACUCUCUUAAUUUUUAGACUGCCAAUAAACCGGCAGGAAAGCUCUUUUACAAGGUAAGAUCGAUUUGUGUUAAGGAACUUGGAAUUAAAAAAAUUGGUUUUUCCCUUAUGCUAUAGCGCUUUUAUAUUUAUUUUUAAAAGAAAAAAAUAUUUAUAAUUCGGUACCAUUGAAUGUCAAAUUUUCAUUUGAAAGGAAUAAAAAAUGAAGUUAACGCUAAAUUAGGAUGUAAACAGUUGUUUACGAUUUUCCUAGUUUAGCAUCCGAUAUAAACUUAUACCAUCAGAGCUUCUUGUCUUUUUAACAUAAUCGAUGCACGUUUCAUAAACAUUUUCUAGAUUUAAAAAAUGAAGAGAAAUUUGAUUUUAUAAGAUUAGUUCAUAUUUUAAAUAUCAAAUGUAGUCCUUAAAUAUGAACGUCACAAUGAUUGUUUUUUAAAUAUGUUUAUCGAUUUUUUUAUUUUAUAAAUUAUUAUAUAAUAAAGGAAUAAUAAAGGAA